UUUUUCCUCUCUCUCUAAGUAAUGUCGCGUGCCUUAAAAUAGAUUUAGACAUAUAUAAAGUACACGACAUCUUUUAUAUGUUGAUGCGACAUUUUCUACCCUGUACCAACGAUAAAAAAAAGAAAAAUUAUUUUUACAUUCAUCGAAGAGAAACCCAUUUAGUUAUAAAUCAAUCAGAUCAAUACUCAUAGAACCUUAUAUACGACAAAAUGGAUCCAUUAGAAGAACAAAUACAAGAGAUCGAAGUGUUACAAUCGAUUUAUCCUGAUGAAUUAACUUUAAUCAAUGAAGAUCCUACUACUAAAUUCUCCAUACUUAUAAAUUUAGAUACUACAAGUAAGACUCGACAUUAUCGAAUUUUAAUUACCAUAGAGUAUCCAUCAGAAUAUCCUAAUGAGAUUCCCCUUAUUAGUCUUGAAAUACCGCAGGAUGAUAGUGAUGAUGAAGAAGAAGAAGGAGGAUAUGAUAGUGAUGAUAGUGAUGAUGGAGAAGAGAAAUUGAUUGAUUUUGCUGAAACGAUUGAAUUCACCAGAGAUGAUCUUUCAAGUUUAAAAGCUUCAUUAGUGGAAUUUUCUGAAGAACAAAUUGGAAUUCCAAUGGUUUUCUCAUUAGUAUCUCAAUUAAAAGAAGAUAUUGAACUUAAAUGGCAAGAAAAAUUACAAUUAAAAACGAAUCAAUAUGAAUUAAAACAAUUAGAAAUUGAAAAAAUUGAACAACAAAAAUUCCAAGGUACCAAAUUAACACCUGAAAAUUUUAAUGAAUGGAGAUUAAAAUUUAGAAAAGAAAUGAAAAUUGAUAAUUUAUAUCAAUUAAAAUUUGAUAAAAUGCAUAAUGGGAAAUUAAGUGGUAAACAAAUCUUUGAACAAGGUUUAGCUAAUGAAACUGAUGAUGUGGAAGUUGAAGGUGAAGUCGUUGAUAAUGAUGAUGAUGAAGAAGUUGAAGAAGUUAAAAAUGGUAUAAAUCAAUUGUGAAAUGAAAAUAUUUGUCCGGGGUAACAGCAUCAUAUGUAUAUACAGUUUAACUUACAUUUAAUAAAUUAAUAGAACUUUUUAAUCGAUUAAAAUCGAUCGAUCGAUCGAUUCGAUCAUUUAUGAUUACUAAAUAUGUAAAAACUCCGAGACGUCAUAUACCUUCCUCUUACUCCACCAUUCAAAUUCAAAAGGUAAAGUGUAAAAAAAUUGUCACGUACCCCACUAAUGUAUAAAACGAUCAUAAAAUAAAAUAAUAAAAUUAAAUCUGUCACCGAAAAACUUCAAUAAAGCAU